AAGACUGCGAUACCGUCUUUAUCUUCGUCUUCGUCUUUUUCUUCUUCUUCCUGUUCGUAUUCGUCUUCUUAUUCAUCUUUGUCUUCUUCUUCGUCGUCUUCUUCUUCUCUUCUUCAUCUUCGUCUUCUUCUUCAUCUUCAUAUUCGUCUUCGUCUUCAUCUCCGUCUUCUUCUUCUUCUUCUUCUUCUUCUCCGUCUUCGUCUUCGUCUUCAUAUUCGUCUUCUUCUUCUUUUUCGUCAUUGUCUUCGUCUUCAUCUUCCUCUUCGUCUUUAUCUGCGUCUUCUUCUUCGUCUUCUUUUUCUUCAUUUUCGUCUUCGUCUUCAUCUCAGUUUUCUUCUUCUUCUUCUUCAUCUUCCUCUUCGUCUUUAUCUCCGUCUUCUUCUUCUUCUUCAUC